AGUCAGACGUGAUUCUUCUCGUUGUCGAGAAACGUCGCCUUCACGUCAUCACAGGGGAUGGUAAGGGGCUGAGCUAUUUUAAAUGCUGUGAAUGCAGAGUCCCUGCCCAUCUGUGUGUGUGUGUGUGUGUGUGUGUGUAUUUUGUAUGUGUGUGUAUGUAUGUGAGAGAGAGAGAGAGGUGUGGAAUCAGACUGCGAGAAUUAACAGUCUGGGGCUGAUCGAGGCAAUGCGUGACGCUGUCCUGGGGACAGUGGCGGAUCAGAGAGAGUGCCAGCUUGCCCACAGCCGUUCUUGAGGAGGAAGGACAUCGUCCCGGCUGAAGAUGACACUCGUCGCGGAGGAAAACAUUGACGACUCGGUGGUGUUGACCGCGCUUUCUCAGAGCAACUGCGACCCCGAGGAACUGGGGCAGGAAUGCUGCGAGAGGGCGCUCAUCAAUAUCUCGGGGCUCAGGUUCGAGACGCAGCUCAGGACCCUGGCUCAGUUCCCCGACACCUUACUGGGUGAUCCGAGGAAGAGGAUGCGCUACUUCGACCCUCUCCGAAACGAGUAUUUCUUCGACAGGAAUCGCCCCAGCUUCGACGCCAUCCUCUACUUCUACCAGUCGGGAGGGAGGUUGAGGAGACCUGUUAACGUGCCUGUCGACAUUUUCCUGGAAGAGAUCAAAUUUUAUGAGAUGGGAGACGAGGCCAUCAAUAACCUCCGAGAAGAGGAAGGUUUUAUUAAAGAAGAAGAACGGGUUUUGCCGGCCAACGAGUACCAGCGUCAAGUUUGGUUGCUGUUCGAAUAUCCGGAGAGCUCGGGUGCUGCCAAAGGGAUUGCCAUAGUCUCCGUCCUUGUCAUUCUCAUCUCCAUCAUCAUAUUCUGUUUAGAGACCCUGCCUGAAUUCAGAGAAGAUGCCCGCCCGGACCUGACCAAAUUCGCUGCCAAUGGCACAGAAACCUUGGGGGUGAACUCGUUCACUGACCCCUUCUUCAUCAUUGAGACUCUGUGCAUUGUCUGGUUCUCUUUCGAACUGUUGGUGAGGUUUUUCUCCUGCCCUAGUAAGCCUGGCUUCUUCAAGAACAUCAUGAACAUCAUUGACAUUGUAGCCAUCAUCCCCUAUUUCAUCACUCUGUUUACCGAGUUAGUGUAUCACCAAAGCAACGGACAACAGACGAUGUCCUUGGCCAUCCUCAGGGUCAUUCGGCUUGUCCGAGUGUUCCGGAUCUUCAAGCUGUCCAGACACUCCAAGGGUCUCCAGAUCCUAGGGAAAACGUUGCAGGCCAGCCUGAGGGAACUGGGCUUGCUCAUGUUCUUCCUCUUUAUUGGGGUCAUUCUGUUUUCCAGCGCUGUUUACUUUGCCGAGACAGACGACCCGGAGUCCAGCUUCUCCAGCAUCCCAGACGCUUUCUGGUGGGCAGUGGUUACCAUGACGACGGUGGGCUACGGAGACAUGCAUCCCGUCACCAUCGGCGGCAAGAUCGUGGGAUCCUUGUGUGCCAUCGCCGGUGUGCUGACCAUCGCCCUGCCCGUGCCCGUCAUCGUCUCCAACUUUAACUACUUCUACCACCGGGAGAACGAGCAUGAAGACCAGGCUGAGUACCUGCACAUCAGCAGCGGGCAGCAGGCAACUUCCCCCGGCAGGCUCAAGGCCAGCAACCAGUCCCUCAACAAAAGCGAGUACCUAGAGGCAGAGGACAACGUGGAUGCGCUGAUCCUGGAUCAUCAGCAAUACCCCAACUACACCCCCACCAAACAGAGACCCUCAGGCCCCCCAAAGAAGAAAAUAUUCACUGAUGUAUGA